AUGUGGCUGUCAGGCGAUCGGGUGCCGAGACGUCAAGACUUCGUGUCCGUUGAAUCGCGCCGGUACGCAGAGUGGCAGAACUUGGUGCUGCAAGCAACCACGGACGCGGUGAGCGAAGAAGAGGCACCGAUCGUAGAGCCGGCAGGACCCAUGGUCGAUCACCCGCAGUACGAUCCGCCGAAGAGCAUUCUGAAACGCCCCGCGGCAGUCAGCAACCAGAUUACGAAGGUGUCUGACCAGACGAAGCCGAUCGAGAGUGCCUCGGAGCUGCCCACAGCAAGUCAACCUUUGGAGGACGAUCAAGUCUGCAUCAGUGAAGGAGGCGAACUCUUUGCGGAGGAUGUGUACAGCCAGAUGACGGUCCUGCCGGUGGUGACGACGACAACGGAAGACGUGAAGCUCGAAGAUAUCUGGAUCGAGAAUGACGGCAAGAGCACGCCGGAGGAAGUGGAUCGCUUGAGGAAGAUCAUCUGGAGUCGACAACACUUGUUACUUGGGAAAGGGAACGCACUGCCAUCCGCUGCGCGAGGCGUCGUCUGCGACAUCGACACAGGGAACGCCGGUAGCCCUACGCGUACGUAG